CACAGAAACAGGAAACUGUUUCAACUUAUUUAAGGGAAAACGAAAGCUGUUCUUAUGCUGUUGUAUGUCUCUCAGACGGUGUGUUGAUGUAGUAAAAUGGCUGAAGCCAGUUUUUCAGUGGACAAGGACAAGUUCAUCUGUGCCAUAUGUCUGGAUCUACUGAAGGAUCCAGUGGCCAUUCCCUGUGGACACAGUUACUGUAUGAACUGUAUUACAGACUGCUGGGAUCAGGAUGAUCAGAAGGGAGUCUACAGCUGCCCUCAGUGCAGACAGACCUUCACCCCAAGACCUGCUUUAAAUAAAAACACCAUGCUGGCUGAAGUGGUGGAGAAACUGAAGAAGACUAAACUUCAAGCUGCCGUUCCUGCUCACUGUUACGCUGGAGAUGGAGAUGUGGAGUGUGACGUCUGUAUUGGAAGAAAACACAAAGCCAUCAAGUCCUGUCUGGUGUGUCUGGAAUCUUACUGUCAAACUCAUUUUGAGCGUCAUGAGGAGUUUCACUCAAGAAAGCCACACAAAGUGACUGAUGCCACUGGACGACUGCAGGAGAUGAUCUGUCCUCAACAUGAGAAGAUUCUGGAGGUUUUCUGUCGGACUGACCAGCACUGCAUAUGUCUGCUGUGUUCCAUGGACGAACAUAAAAACCAUGACACUGUAUCAGCUGCAGCAGAGAGGACAGAGAAAGAGAGAUACUUCAAGGAAUCACAAAAUGAAUUCCAGCAGAGAAUCCAGCAGAGAGAGAUAGAUCUUCAGGCACUCAGAGAGGCUUUGUCUCGUAAGACUUAUAAGAUCUCUUCAGAAACAGCAAUAGAGGACAGUGAGUGGAUAUUUACUGAGCUGAUGCGCUCCAUUGAGAGAAGCUGCUCUGAGGUGACACAGCUGAUCAGAUGUCAGGAAAAGGCUGCGGUGAGUCAAGCUGAAAAACACUUGAAAAGACUGGAGCAAGAGAUUGCUGAUCUGAGGAGGAGAGAUGCUGAGAUGGAACAGCUUUCACACAGUGACAAUGACAUCCAUUUCCUACAGAUGAAACUUCACCUUGUUCUGGAAUUAUACUUAUUGCUUCCGACUCAUCUGGAAGUUUAGCCUCAUCCAUUGCUUUCACAGUAUCUUGCUGCUUUGGUGGCAUUUUUGUUUUAAAAAAAAAAACAGUUUCUCCAGCCACUCAACUUAAACAAGGGUUUGUUGCAGGAAAAAAAAAAAAAACAUGCAACUUCCAUAUGUACCAACCUCCUAUUGGCCUGGAAGCACCGCUGCCACCAUGUGUCAAGUAGUGUGUUGCCGAGAGACCAGGGAGGAGUUAGGAAGGCUCAGUAAAAGAGUAGUUUUCCAAAUGCCAUAGGUGAUUUAUUUUACAAGCUGCAUUUAAAAAAAAAAAGUGCAGUCAACAAAGUACAAAAGAAAAAUUUACAAAAUUGUUGCUCAACAAAUACCACUUUUACUUGUGCUAAAAACACAAAUAAAAGGUGCUGUAAGCAGCAAAACCUGGCACUAAACAAUGCCUAGUGGUUCAUCCACCAGAAUAAACUUUAUACCUCACCUCAGACAAAAAGCUUGCACAGGUUACAGGAUACAACCUUUCUCUCCCCCUCAAACAUGCUCAGUGGCUUAAAUAGCCCAGUUUCCUGCCAAACACUAGUGGGAAGAACCAUUGUCAUGGGGGAAACCUCUCCCUAUAACACACAUCAUGGAAUUCCACAGUAUAACAUUGUAACCUAAAUACUAUACAUGCAUGUUCAAAAACUCAUUUCUUACCCACAUAAUCAUCAUAAUACAAACAAACACAACAUAAGACAUUUAACACAUCAUAGCGCUCAUAUUUUGGAAAAUGGUACAACCAAAUCACAAAGUAAGUUCUGGCUACGCACGCUACCAGAGCCCACCCCCAAAACACAGGAUCAGACAGGUAAGAUCUAACGUGCCAUAAUAUGCAAAAUUACCCAAUAAAGAAAAUAAUUGAAAACAAACCAUAACUCUAUUAUUCUUACAUAACAUUAACAGGUUGAACAUUUGAUGUUGGUAUUGUCCAUCAACACAUAUACAACUUGAACAUGCAACAAAUAAUAACUUUGUGAAAUCAAUACAAACCACAAGUAAAUAUAAAAUAGUACAAGGCUAACACUCUAGUGAUGACGUCAUCAUCCAUGUUCGUCAUCACAACGAUCUCGAUGUUAAUCUGAAAAAAAUCCUUGAUGAUAAACUUUCACAUUUUCUAUAUUUAGCCCAUGUUCUACACCUAGACCAGGGGUGCUCAUUUCAUCAAUCGCAAUAGCAAGACAACCACUGGUUGUUAAAAUCUAAGAGAUUUACUUUUUAUUCCCUCGCUGUAACUUUUUGGAAGGAAGUCAAGAGAGCUGGAUUUUGGUGCGGCUAGAGUUUAAUGAAAAUGUAAACAAAGUACAAAAUAACUGGGUAAACACAAGAACACGGCAGAACCAGGACUUAGAAACAAAAAAAAACAAAUGAAACAUCCACGAUGGGAACUGGUACAAAGGAACAAGAGUGAAACACAUAAUACAUAACGACUCACAAAGACUGGGCAGAAAUCAGGGCAUAAUAUACACAGGGGAUAAUGAGUGAAUGAAACACAGGUGAGAACAAUCGAGGACAGCUGGCAGUGAUGAGGGCAGGGAAUUAUGGGAAGUGUAUUCUGGGGGAAACAGAUGACAGGGGCAAAACACAUGGCAAACAACAGUGUAUCUUGACACUCGCUUCAGUAGGCACGCACUGACUGACAGGCGGCUCAUGUAUUUGCGCCGCGCUUUACAUGCGUGUGUUCGUGCUAAAACAUACAUUAUACCUGUUUCAUGUGACAUCACUAUAUGACCGCGCCGCCAUGUUUGUGACCAAAAUUCCAUAUUUCUUCAUUGUGUUGCACUGUGAGAUGCGGCAAAGUCUGCAAAAUUUUUGUUUCUGUUUAUAAAUCUUGAAAAGGUGAAACUGCUGUUUAAUUACCAGAGCCAAAAUGUCAUUUUUCUUUCAAUAAAGUUUCUGAUGAAGAGAGUGUGUUAAUUUGAAUAAUAAAUUACCAGGAAAGUAGAGAUGAUAAAAUAACUGAUAAUUAUGCUCAGCCUUUAUCAAGUUUUUCUAAUGUCUGAUAAAAAAGUAGAGCAACACUUCAGGCAGAAAUUUCCCAUCAGUCACACAUACACUACAGAAAAUUGUGCAUCAUGCAUUAGUAUGAGAACACAGCUAUUUGUGGGGUUAAAAGAUACGAUAACUAAAUCAAUGCUGAAUAUUGUAUCUCAAAAUGAAUACAUUGUGGCCCCCCAUGUUCUGCUUGAAGCCCGAUAUGGCCCCUGGCCUGUACCAAAAAACUUUGCCAUCCCCUGCUCUAUACCUCCACUAUUGUGCAGGACAUGAAAUGUCAAGUGACAAUCUUUUUCUGCUUUUUUAGCAUUUAGCAUUCUUUGCAUUGUUUUGAACAUAAUGUUUUAUGCACAACAGUAACUCGCUCUGUCGGCAUUAAGGGCAGUUUAGACCCUACACAUAAACUGAUUUUAAUGUAUUUAUUUCAUACAUUAUGAUUUAAAAUGGUGAUCAGUGUAUUGAAAAUAACUUUCAUUUUUUCAUCUCUGUAAUCAUGUCUCCCUGUUAUAUAUAUAUAUAUAUAU